AUGGAAAAAUAUUCCAAGAUUAAGAAAAUAGGUGAAGGGUCAUUUGGGAAAGCAAUACUUGUGAAACAUAAAGAAUCUGGGGAACAGUUUGUCGUUAAGGAAAUUGGAAUCUCAAAGAUGCAGCCCAAAGAAAGGAAUGAAGCAAGAAAAGAAGUUCUGGUUCUUUCCAAAAUGAGGCAUCCCAAUAUUGUUCAAUACACUGAAUCAUUUGAAGAAAAUGGCCACCUUUACAUAAUCAUGGAAUACUGUGAGGGUGGUGACUUAUACGCACUCAUCAACAAGCAGAGAGGAAUUCCCUUCCCCGAGCGUCAAGUGCUCAGUUGGUUUGUGCAGUUAUGUCUGGCAUUGAAACACGUUCAUGAUCGGAAAAUUCUCCACCGAGACAUUAAAACUUCUAAUAUAUUUCUGACAAAAUCUGGUGCUAUAAAACUUGGUGACUUUGGUAUUGCAAGGGUGCUUAAUAAUACAAUGGAACUUGCCAGGACAUGCAUAGGCACGCCUUAUUAUUUAAGUCCGGAAAUCUGUGAAAACAAGCCAUACAACAACAAGAGUGAUGUGUGGGCUCUUGGGUGUGUGGUUUAUGAAACUCUCACACUAAAACAUGCAUUUGAAGCUGGAAACAUGAAAAACCUUGUGCUGAAAAUUAUUAGAGGAUCAUAUCCUCCUGUUCCUUCCCGAUACUCCUAUGACCUCCGGACUCUCGUCUCCCAACUCUUUCGAAGGAAUCCUCGUGAGCGACCCUCUAUCAACUCAAUUCUCCGAAAACCUCUCAUUGCUCCUCUCACGGCCGAGCAUCUCUCAGCGGAGCAACACGAGGAAGAAUUUAGCCACACAGUGUUGCACAAGGGCAGGAAGCCGUCGUCAAGGCCAUCUUCUGCCAAUCCAUCUAGAUACCAACCGUUAGCUGAAAAACGACCUCGUAACCUGGAAUUGCAAGGUGCACAAAUCGCCCCCAAAAAUCGCCGAGCUCAGCAAAUGGCUGCCGCAUAUGGUCCAUCCGUUGCUAGAAAAGCUAAACCACGUCGAGUUGUAAAUGCACAAAAUGCAGUGGAUAAUGUAUUGGAAAGGAAACGACAACAGUUAAUGGAAGAAGAGAAAAAACGGGUUGAAAAAAUUGCUGAAGAAAAGAAAAAACGUUUGGAGGAAAUGCAAAAGAGGCAGAAGGAGAGAGCAAUGAAGAUGAGGGAAGAUCAAAUGAAGAGAGCACGAGAUGAAGCAAGAGCAGCUCAUCUGAAACGAUCCGCUGAUCUUCUGGAUGACAAACAUGAAAAAGCUCCACAGAAAGCAUCAGACAGAGAUCGUCCAAUAUCUGCCCCUAAGGAGCGAGGAGAUUAUGAAAAAUAUCACGAUUUCCUGAACAGCUUGAACAUGGGGACAACUGCUGCAAAUGCUUUUCCUCAGCCAGGCCUUGAUAAAGUGAGAGCAGCAUGGGAGGAAAGGAAGAAUGCACAAGACGCUGCAAGAUUUGCUCAUGUUAACAGCAGGGGCAAGUCUGUCCAUAAGAAUAAUGAAUAA